ACUUCAGAUUAUUUUUUUAUUCUUGCGUGCUUUUAAAUCCCUGUUAGCUCCAGUUGGACUGCACACUGCCUGGCCAACUCUAGAACUGGCUCCGAGUACUGUAGGUCAUCAGGGUAAGGACAUUUUAUUUAACUCAGGGCGGGAGAAGAGAUGCAGGGACUGAUAAAAUCAUACAUCUGGAUUUGAUAAAUCCAGCCUGAUGUUUGGGUUCAGAGUUGAACCUCCAAGCUAAUUUACCUGCUUAGGUGGCAGGUAGAGUAGGAAGGCUCAUCAGUGCCAGGUAGCUUUUACCAUUCUUUAACUGGUGGUCUGUUGGAUUUCUUCCACGAGUCAUGUUCAGUGACUGUACCCAGAUACCACCCAAUCACUGACUGAGCUGUUGUGUCUGCUUCAUCCUAAUCUAGAGUCUUUCUGCUACAAGAGUAAAAUGUUUCCCCAGACCUAUGCACAGUCAUACACGGACCCAACAAUCAUGGAUGCCUGUAUAAACAUGGGUCAAAUCAGCCACAGACUGAGGGUUCUUCUUAGCUUUUAAUGGUGUUUUUUUGUUUUUGUUUGUUUUGUUUUUUUACAUUCAGGGUGGCAGAAGUGUUGAUUUGUUGGAAAGAAUUACAUAAAACAUCCCAAGGAAAACUCUUUAACUCCUGCUUGUUUUCAUCGCUACAAAAUGUGUUUAGACCAGUUAAUGUCAGUUAAAGUGUGAAUGAGGUGCUCAGCAAAAACAGCUUGAAAUAUUCAUCUAGAGCCUUUUUGAUGUCAAGCAAACAAAGCUGCGUGUUCUCUGUCCUACCAAGUAGUUCGUUAGCUGGUGGUUAGUGGGUGUUCUGUCCUGGAUCAUUGCAGCAAUAGAAAACUUUGAGGUUUCCUGUACUCUUCAGUUCAUCCUGGAUAUUGAAGCUUGUCCAGUAAAACUAGAGAUCAGCAGGCAUUAUUCAUCACAGUGUAGACGCCUUGUACAGAACUUGUGGCUAGUUCAACAAAAAUAACCAGAUUAUUUCCCCUUUAAACCAUCCACACCACAAAUGCCUGUCACUGACUUCACUCAUGCUACUGUGUUGGAAAGCACCAGCUGAUCAGAACAUCAGCGAACUGUGGAGGAAUCUACUUUUAAAAGCUUCAGAAGUAUUAAAACAUGAUGGAUAUAGUUACUCUGCAGUUUCGUGUCUUCUUCCUGCUCCGUCUUACAGAAUACAACAAACAGCUUCCUUGUUUUAGUCUUAAUCUGUUUAAAAUGGUGUUUCUCUGGCAGAUUAGAAGCAGAUACCAUCUAAGCAGAAAGUCACUUUUGGUGGGAUUCCCCUUUAAACACAACAGUCCUUCCUGCUCUGGUGUUAGUGUGGGUAAAAAAAAAAAAAAAAGCUUUUUGUGGAAACAAGCAAAAUAAGUGUUGUCCUCGUGUUGAUUAAAUGCAGCGGGGAUACUUAAUGUAAACGUAUGAGAGGUGGAGGUCUGCUGCAGAUGAAGUGAUGCUUUGAAACGGUGUUGCAGCUUCUUUAGCCGACUGGGUCUGUCAGUGGAAACAAUAAUACCCUGGAGGAUAAAUGGACAUCACUGCUGCUGACAUGUACAGAUUCAUGAAUGAAAGGAUAAACGUGAAUAUUAGUUGAAUAUCAAGCAAGGAAAUUCCUUUAAGGUGAAUGUGUGUGUGUGUGUGUGUGUGUGUGUGUGCGCUGGUCUACUGCCUGAGGCCCGAUUUACCCCCAUAAGAUCGAGGACAUUCAGUGGGUCCUCGCUUCUUCAGUGGGAAAGGUUGAGAAAUAAGGUUUGGGGCCCAGAGAAUGUAUAGAAAUAUAAAUGUGUGUGUGUGUGUGUGAGAGAGAGAGAGAGCCCAUGACCCAAACUGCAGUCUGAACAGCCAGUGUUUUAGGAUUAGAGCAGUCAACUACACAGACCUUUAGUAAGCAGUACAGACUACUUGAAAAGUUUGUAGUAUAGUAUAUUUGAUACUACUGUACCAUGCCUCCACCUGCUGUUUCCAACUGUUUCCAUGUUUGAUUUGAACCUCUUUUAGGCUAAAUGAAGAGCCCCUCACCUGCCCUUUUUUUUUUUUUUACUCCCUCCACACAUUCACCUUAGUUUUAUAUGAGGAGAGUGGGGAGCAUCUUUCGUUCUGGUUCUUACUAGUCCGGUGGGUUACCACCGCGCCUGUUCUGCUUUCUUUCCUGUAAAGAGUCCAACCAGCUUCUUCGAUUAACUCCGCAGGGUGUGUCAGACCCUCUGUGGCUAUGAAAAUGACAGAUCUUUCUCUUCCCUGGUCUUGAAGCCUUUAUUUCCUCAGUGUCUCUUAUCACACAUGUAAAUAUCACCGGUUUUUAUUUUCCUCUUUUUACUUUUUAUUACAGAGUUGUUUAUAUCUUAUUUCCCUCAUUCUGCCUUUGAAGCAGUCUUUAGUUUGUGCAUUUUUGUAAAUAGGUUUUGUUUUUUCACAGUCCAAAAUGUGAAUAUUGCAAAAGAAAAAAAGACAAAACAUCAGCCUACUUAUUGUUUGUUGAUAAUUUUUCUCUCUUUCUCUUUCUUGUCGUCCAGUGAAAAAUUAUCAGUUAGCUGUUGACGUCAUUGUUACACAGCUCUCUGUGAGACUACCUGACUGCUGAAUACUGUGAAGGUUCUGUUCCAAAAUGCUCCAUCUGUCCACUCUGGGAUUUUCUCUGCGUUGGUCCAUCUUAUUGAGGCAAACAAUGAGGACUGUUUUAUUUCUCUGUGCUGUCUUUGCUCUCAAAGUUGCAACAGCUGCAGAGCCAGUGAAGGAGAAACUGGACGUCCAGCAGAACAACACUAAAGAGGGGAGACCAGUGAACCCUUGGAUCCGUAGGGCAGAAACGAUGGCCAAGGAAAGGCCACGGCCAUCAGCGAUGGCCAAGGAAAGGCCACGGCCAUCAGCGAUGGCCAAGGAAACGCCUUGGCCAUCAUUGCAGACAAGAGGCAUGAUGUUAGAUGACAGGUAUUUGAGACAUGACAGUUGUCUGCCUGGCUGGUACACAUAUGGAUCCAGGUGCUUCUGUGCUUUCCCCACACCGAUGAACUGGACAGAGGCAGAGACUGCUUGUUUGUAUUUUGGUGCCAACCUCGCCUCAAUUCACAACCCAGGGGAGAAUGAAUUCAUCCAGUACAUUAUAUUAGAAGAAGAUAUAUAUGACCCAGUAUGGAUUGGGGGCUCUGAUGCUAUUAUGCCUGGUAAGUGGUUUUGGAGUGACGGCUCUGUCUUUUAUUACACCAACUGGAUUUACUAUGACCAGUGGGAACACUGCACUGCAAUGAUCUCUAUAGAUGACGGUCAAUGGGUUGGUAAUUACUGUGAAGAGCAGAGUCCAUUUGUCUGUGGAACACGACCACAUGGACCAACUUAAGAUACAUGGAACAAAUGUGUCUUUUGUCUGUGUGCGGUCUUUAUAGGCAGCACAUGACCACAAGUUUGUGACCUUUGUAGAGCAUAUAAAACACAAUUAUUCUGUGCUCGAUAUUACAAAACAAAGCUUUUCAUCUAAUGUCAAGCCAUGUUUUUAUUCUCUUUUGUUUUAACAAUCAAUUUUUUUUUUUUUUUUUUGCAGUUCUGUCAAAACUUCAUUUUGGUUUUAUGCCAUGAAGCAUUUUGAGUGUGAAUAAAAAGAACCAACUUUAACAUACUAGUUUGAAUGUUACAGGAAAACAGGAUCCAGUCAGAAAUAACAGAACUGUAACAUUAAGGCCAAAUGCUUUUGUAGUAAAUAAGUGACAUGAACUUUUAGCAUUAAUUUCAAAAUCUUGGUGUGAACUAAACAUUUUUUAGAUGAUGCCUACAUGAUGUACACUCACUGGCCACUUUAUUAGGUACAACUGUAUGCGCUUCAA